CACAGACACAGGCUCAGAUAUUUGUUCGUUCAAUCCUAUUCUUAAUUAGUCUUUCUCAUAUAUAGCCUCAGGCUCCCAGUUUUUCUCCUUAUUGUCUAAGAUUUCUUCUCCUCUCAAAAUGGAAGCUUUUCUGGUGCUUUCACUUUUUGCUCUUCUAGCUACCUCCUUCUCAUCUGCUCAUAUAGUGGAGCAUUCAUUUACUGUGAAGGAUCUCAAUGUGACUCGUCUGUGCAAUACACAAACGAUAACUGCAGUUAAUGGCAGGGUUCCUGGACCCAGAAUUGUGGUACGAGAGAAUGACACUUUGGUUGUUCAUGUGCUCAAUGCUUCUCCCCAUAACGUUACUAUUCACUGGCAUGGAAUAUUUCAAAAAGGGAGUCAAUGGGCAGAUGGUCCAGAAUAUAUAACACAAUGUCCUAUUCGACCGGGUCAAAAGUAUACUUACAAAUUCACAAUCAAAGGGCAAGAAGGAACUCUUUGGUGGCAUGCUCACUCUUCUUUUCUUCGUACUUAUGUCUACGGCGCUCUUAUCAUUCGUCCCCCACAUGGUCGCCCUUAUCCUUUCCCUAAACCUCACAAGGAAGUUCCCAUUCUCUUAGGUGAGUGGUGGAAAUCUGAUAUUAUUCAAAUAUUCAACCGAAUUCAAGUUACCGGCGACCUAGUUCCUCCGUCCGAUGCUUUCACAAUCAAUGGCUUUCCUGGCGAUCUGUAUAAUUGCUCUCGAGAUCAUACUUUCAAGUUCAAGGUGAAGCAAGGAAAGACAUACUUGUUACGCAUAGUCAACACUAAUAUCAUCUCACAAAUGUUCUUCAAGGUGGCCAAUCACAAGUUCACAGUUGUCGCGGUGGAUGCCGGGUACACGACUCCGUAUGUCACCGAUGUUGUUGUCAUCGCCCCAGGGCAAACCACCGACGUCCUCCUGAAAGCCGACCAGCCAGUGGGCUCUUACUACAUGGCUGCUUCUGCAUACGUGACCACACAAGUCAUAGGAUUCGACAAUACGACAACGAGAGGGAUUGUCGUUUACGAAGGAGCCUCCAAGGCAAUCCUUCCUUCGAUGCCGGUGUUGCCAGCUUACAACGACACCCCAACGGCCCACAAAUUUUAUACAAAUAUCACAGGGCUUGCCGGUGGGCCUCACUGGAUCAAUUGUCCGCGCAUAGUGGAUGAGCGUAUGUUCAUUACUGUUGGGCUGAAUUUGGACUUUUGUGCACAGAAUGGCACGUGCCUUGGCCCAAUGGGGUUUCGAUACUCUGCGAGCAUGAACAAUGAGUCGUUUGUGAUCCCAAGUGACAAAGGCUCGUCGAUGUUGGAAGCAUUCUUUAAUGAUGCGAGUGGGGUGUACACAAGAGAUUUCCCAGACAAGCCUCCAGUGUUGUUGGACUACACGAACCCGAACAUAAGCUUUGACUUGUCAAGGAUAUUCGCGCCGAAGUCAACGAAGGUGAAGACGUUGAAGUUCAAUUCGACGGUGGAGAUUGUGUUUCAGAACACGGCUUUUGUGGGGAUAGAGAACCACCCAAUGCAUAUUCAUGGGAUGAAUUUCUAUGUAUUGGCUCAAGGAUUUGGAGCGUUCAAUCAAAACAGGGAUCGGAGAAAGUUCAAUCUGGUGAAUCCUCAGAUGCGUAACACUGUUGCGGUGCCGACCGGAGGAUGGGCUGUCAUCAGAUUCAAAGCAAAGAAUCCAGGUAUAUGGUUGGUGCACUGCCACAUAGAUGCACAUUUGCCAUGGGGACUAGCUAUGGCGUUUGAGAUAGAGAACGGGCCCACUCCUGAAACCACAGUGCCUGCACCACCUGAUGAUCUCCCCAAGUGCUAGUUCUUGCCUUUGCAAGAUUUAGAUUAUAUAUAUAUAUAUAUAUAUACUGUUGUUGUUGUUGUUGCUGCAUUAUAUUCAUUUUCUACUUUAUUCUUGUUACUUACUAGCAGAUUUCUUGAUUUACUUACAUAAUUUAAAUUUAUUUGACUGGGGGAUUGAUUUUGAUUCUUCCCAAGUGUAAUAACUCCGGCUUAUCUCUUGACCGGUACAUCCUUGCAAUUAUUUUCCACAAUGAGACCAAUUUUAUAUUUACAUGUAUGCAUGUUAGCAUUGAAUUUCUUCUUUUGUUGUUUCUUCAA